AUUUCGGACCAAUCUGAUAAAUCCUAAAUCAGUGCACAGUAGCUGAUCAUUCCAAUACCAUGUUCUGGCGGCCCAAACGUCCUGAAUAUCUGAAUCGUAUCAUCAAGCUUCCAGCUCGAAGCGGCAGUCGCCAUGGCGCUCCGGCUCCCGUCGCUGCUCGUGCUGCUGCUGAUGGUUCACGCGACACGCGCGCGCGACAUGGGCCUGGAGAUGGUGACGACCUCCGCGGCGUCGGGCGCCGGCGCGGGCAUCACCAGCAGCGGGGCGCCAGCGGUGGCGUCGUGCCCGAGCUGGCGCCUCGGGGUGGAGACGAACAACAUCCGGGGCUGGUACAGCAUCCCCGCCGAGUGCCGGGGCUACGUCCGCGACUACAUGUUCGGCGACCUGUUCCGGCAGGACUGCGCGGUGGUGGUGCGCGAGGCCGCCGCAUACGCCGAGGGGCUGGAGCUCGCCGGCGACGGGGAGGCGGUGUGGGUGUUCGACAUCGACGACACCGCCCUCAGCAACCUCCCCUACUACGCCGACACGGGGUUCGGGGCUCAGCCGUACAACGCGACCUACUUCGAGGAGUAUGUGGCGAAGGCGACGGCGCCGGCGCUGCCGGAGGUGCUAAAGCUCUACGAGAAGCUGCUGGCGCUGGGCAUCAAGGUGGCCUUCAUCACCGGCAGGCACGAGUACGAGAGGGAGCCCACUGUCAAGAACCUCCGCAGCGCCGGCUACCACACCUGGGAGAAGCUCGUGCUCAAGCCCCGUUUGGAAGAGAGGUCUUCGAAAGGAAUUUUACAGGAAUCCCUGGCACUCGCGCAUCUCGCCGUCGUCGCUGGGUUCGUCGGUGGUGCCGUACAAGUCCGGCGAGCGUCAGAAGCUGGUCGACGCCGGGUACCGCAUCGUUGGAAACAUCGGCGACCAGUGGAGCGACCUCGUCGGCGCGCCGGAGGGCGACCGCACCUUCAAGGUGCCCGACCCCAUGUACUACGUCGGCUGAAGAGUGAGAUCCGGCCUGCCUCCAUGGCUGAUCGCCGUUGUAGUAUGCUUGCGCAACUACAUAUGAGAAUGGCCGUUUACUUCUACUUCCACAUGAUGGAAUAAUUCGGGAGCACCUGUAUGAUUGCGUGAAUGUGUGAUUCAUGAGGUUAUGGAGCAGCAGGUAUUGCCAUGUCUUGUGGUGGCCGUACGGCCGACCAAGCCGUUGCUUGUGGAAUGCAGAAACCCUUCGUGCUAAUUCUAUUUUUCCAUAUAAUUGGAAGCA